AUGCUGUCUGUUCCCGCCGAGAGCUCCUCCAGAAGACAUCUACAGUCGUGUAACCCUGCCACAUCGCACGAGAGGUUAUCCAGCGCUGCUAACUCUCGCGAGGCGCUGAUCAACACAUCACCUACCGACAUACCUUUGCGACAGCUCGUUGCAAGCUCCUCAUCCACGAGGCCUGGUAGGCCUCUCCAUGCUUCUACUUCCAACCUUUCCCUCCCAAGCUGGCCCGGGCAUCCUCGGCCGCGGCCGAAACAGCAACGCCGCCACAUUGAUGAUCACGUGUUUGCGCUCUCAGUCACAAUAACGCUUGCAUUGCUCGUCAUCAUCGGUGUCCCGCUUGGUGCUGUCCUGCCGCAGAAAUACGUCGUCCCGCUGCCCAUCAACGUUCUAGUGCCGUUCUAUGUAAAUCCGGAACAAAAUUCGUGGGAUCGAUUGUUCGAGGACAUCAUCAAGCACCCCGAAACAAACUUCACUAUCAUCAUCUCCGUCGACCAUGGGCCCAGUGCAUCAGCCUGGCCUUCUGGAGUCUACAUCGCCCCCAUCAAGCGACUCCACACGCUCCCAAAUGCCCAGACAAUUGGAUACAUCGAUAUCGCCUAUGGAUCGCGCGAUAGGGAAAAGGUGCUUGGGGAGAUUGCGAUAUACGCGGGGUGGAAUAAUACAAACAUUGCAAUAUCGGGAAUUUUCUUCGACCAUACGCCGGUGGAGGAUAUUGACGAUGCGCGCGCGUAUUUGAAGAAUGUCAGUGCAACAGUAAGGCAUUCAGAGGGCUUUCUGGAGCCUACUCUGGUAGUACACAAUCCGGGGAAAAUGCCGGACGCAAAUAUGACGAACUACCAUGCCGACAUCACGGUGGUAUAUGAGGGGGAGUACAAGGGAAUGCCGGCAAGAGAUGAGCUCAAAACCAAGCUGUGGGAACUAGACGGCAGACGUGAGGACUACGCGGAGAUUGUGCAUUCUGCUCCGCGUACUAUCAGCCGAGGUGGGAUAAGGAAGAUAAUCAAUGAUGCAAGAAGGAACGUCGGAUGGCUGUUCGUUACGGAUCGCAUGGGCGACAACAAGUAUGAGUGGUAUAGCAACCGAUGGGAAGAAUUCCUGGAUUUAACGUUCUAG